AAGCUGAUCGUACGAUUCUGUCUAUUAGUUUCGUUACAAGUCAAUUUCCUAUCGAUACUCAAUCGUUUGACAAACUUAAUACAUUUUGUUAUUGUUUUAUAUUUAUCAAUAGUCUGGCUAAAAUCGUUUUUCUAUACGAGUUAAGAAAGAUUUCCGUCUCUCUCAGUGUAGUAGAAUCUGUCACGUUCAUUAUAAUUUAAAGCGUGUGUCGUCGACGGUGUCAGUGAUCUGAACAGCCGAGAAAAUUGACUGUUUAAUACUUUAUUGUGAAUCAUAUACUGUAUUGUAUUUAAGUUUUAAACGUCUAUAGACAUUAUUCAUUUGAAAAAGACAAAACCGAAUUUAUUUCGAAUGUGAAUUUUUCAUAACAUACGUUAGCCUAUUGCACGUGCUCACAAUAUUUGUUUCGAUCGGUAGUGGGACUCCGAACUACAUAAACUGAUAAAUAUUAAAUUUCAAACCAGUUUCCGUUGGACUGAAACCAUCGUUUAUGGUGAUUUUUAAUUGAUCAUAUUGAUCGAUAAUUGAUGACAAGUGCUUGGUGAAGUGCGUAGUAUCCCAUGAUCGUAUAAUUCAAAUUGAUCGCAAGAAAUACAAUCAACGAAACUGGAUAAUAUGUAUAUAAUAGUUAAAAAGAUUCGUGUUUAGAACAAGAAUUUUAACAAUACUGGCACCUUUAAAAGUGAACGGAGAAAAAGGCCUAGCUUCUCGAUGCUGGAGUGUGCUAAUGUUGUAUAAUAGCAUGCAGUUCGCAUAUCGCUACACGUGGAACCGAGAAAUCAUUGUCAACUCCCAAAAACUUGUAAAAAGACGUUGAAUCGGUACGAUUCGCGUCCCAUUGGUGGACUUGGCUGCUCUACGUCGACGAAAACCACCAUAUAUAUUAAAAAACAGUUUUUUAUUUCAUUUAAUUAUAACACAUGUAUACCCUUCCUCUUUUCUUUUUUUUAAAUAAGAAUUUAGGCGAAAACAGACACACGUGAUAAUGGCUGCUAUAUGUUACAGUGAGCCUUUUUCAGAUUGGUUAGAGGAGAAGAUAGAAUUACCUAUUUUUGAGGAGCUCUCAGUUGCUGAAACUGGACAAAUCAAAACAACAACAUAUAAUGAAAUUACAAAAGCUCCUCCCCAUCAUGAUGACACACAAACUCUCUUACAAGAGUUUGAAACCGUUUUGGAAGAUGUAGAAGCUUGUCAUCAAAUAGUCCCUUCAUCAAGUUCCACACUUACACCUCCUCAAUCACCUCCACCACAUAAACCAUUAAAUGUGGAUACCCAAUUACUUGUUACUUUACAACCUGUACAACCAUUAUAUCCUAAUCAUCAACCCAUAUAUGACAUAGUAGUUCCAGAGGAAAAAUCGUAUGUAAAUGAAGUACCUGUACAAUGGCAUUCAAAAAGUGUACCAUUAGAGGAUCCACUAAACACAGAUGUUGCACAUGACUUAGCUGUUGUAGACGAAUAUGUACGGUUGUAUACAGAAGAUAUUCCACCAUCUAGUCCUUGUACUAGCUCAGGUGGUAGCUAUAUUUCAUCGGAAGAUUCCGUUGAGGAUCCAGAUUGGAUUUUAGAAUCCGAAAAAAAGUGUGCGAAACAAUCUACAUGUGCUUCAACGAAGAAUCGUCAGAAACCUUAUUCCCGUCCAUCGAUCGAAGAUAAAAAAGUUCGAAAAAAAGAACAAAAUAAAAAUGCGGCAACACGGUACAGGCAGAAAAAAAAGCAAGAAAUAAAAGAUAUAUUAGGUGAAGAACGUGAGCUCACUGAAUAUAAUGAAAAACUGAAAAAUCAAGUAACAGAUUUACAACGAGAAAUUGGGUACUUAAAGGGUUUGAUGAGAGAUUUAUUUAGAGCUAAAGGUCUUAUCAAAUAAUCUAUUUUUAUCUAUUAUAGUUAUAUUUACUCAUUUUUAUUAAAUUUAUUAAUCAUUCUUUUGACAUUAACUUUACAAUAAUACUAAUAUGUUGUAGUGUAUAGACUUAGAUUACUGAUUGUUAUUUCCUCUUCUUUAAUUAGCCCACAUAUGUGAAUAUCAAUCUAAGAUCUAUCACAGCUUUUUAGUAGGACUACAGAACUAUCAUUGUAUAAUUCAUGAAAUCUCCAACUCAUCCACGAUCCGUUAAAAAUUAGCAAACAAGAUGCAUUAAAUAAUGACAGAAUUUUUUAAGUAUACAGCCCUAUGAAACUCAUUCGAGUAGAAAUUUGCUGUUACUAAAAAUUCUAUUUGUAAUUUGAUGCAUCUUAAAUGAUGCAAAUGUUUCAUUCCAAUCAAUUCUAACCCAAACAAGUUUUGAAUUUUCUUACAAAAAAUAUUGUAUUAAAAAAUAAUAAAUGGGUUAUUGUGUAAUAAAUGUUGACAUUAUUCUCAAAA